UGGGUGGGUCUACACUAUUUGUGGUGGGGCUUGUCGUAGUAAUAUUGUACUGGUAGCUAAAAGUGUUGCUUUAAAAUCAGAAUUCGAGCUAACAGCAACAAAGCCAUUACACCUUUUGCAAUUUUUCAUUGUCAGUUUUCAACGAAAGGAUUAAUUUGGGGAUUGAUUUUGAAAUCGCUAUGCCUUUGGAAGGUUCUCCACUUUCAUACGUCAUGAAAUGGCGUUUAUGUGGUGGACUAGUGUUUAUUUUUCUCGGAUAUUGCAGUAACAUUGUCUCUGGGCAUAUCCGGUAUUCAAUACCGGAGGAGAUGAGGAAAGGAUCGCUUAUCGGUAACGUAGCUCAAGACCUUGGAAUAGAUUUGAAAAGGCUUCGUGCGGGUCGGGCCCGUAUUGUGACCGGAGAGAACAUUCAAUACACGGAGCUGAAGACAGACAAAGGGAUUCUAGUCGUGAGUGAGAAAAUAGAUCGAGAGCAGCUUUGUGGCGACGUCACACCAUGUAGCUUCAGUUUUGAGAUCAUACUAGAAAACCCGAUUGAAUUGCAUCGUAUUACAGUUGAAAUUGUGGAUGUAAAUGACCAUGCACCAGUUUUUCCAAUCAAAGAUAUACAUUUUGAAGUGAGCGAGUCGGCCUCUAUUGGAGCACAAUUUCCACUACAGCACGCCGAGGAUCCCGAUGUUGGACUUAACGCCCUGCAGAAUUAUGUUUUAACUCCCAAUGAUAACUUCAUUCUAAAACAACAUGCAAACCCAGACGGUAGUAAGUAUGCUGAAAUGAUUUUACAGAAACCAUUAGACCGAGAAGAGCACCCUCUUCUCUCCCUAAAGCUGAUCGCAGUAGAUGGAGGCAAUCCGCAGAGAUCUGGAACAGUAGACAUAAAGAUUACUGUCCUAGAUGUGAAUGAUAAUGCCCCCGUAUUCAACCAGUCAGUAUACAGGGCAGUUGUCAAAGAAAACUCCCCAAAGACAAAAUAUAUUACAACUGUGAACGCCAGUGACGCAGACAGUGGAUCAAACGGUCAAAUAACGUACAGCUUUUCCAAGCAGAAAGGUAGCAUUGAGGAAAUAUUCAGCAUUGACGAGAAUACAGGAACUAUAUCUGUUUCAGGCAAAAUUGAUUAUGAGAAGGAUAAGAAAUACGAAGUGAGAGUAGAAGCCAAGGACAAUGGCGGCUUAACAGGCACCAGUAAAGUUAUUAUUGAAGUAGUUGACGUAAAUGACAACGCACCAGUGAUAAACGUAAUGUCCUUUUCCAGUCCUGUGUCGGAAGAUUCUCCUCCAGGUACCACGAUUGCUGUUAUAAAUGUUAAAGAUGCUGACUCUGAGAGAAAUGGACACAUUUCCUGCUCAAUUGAUAGUAAACUUCCGUUUAAAAUCACGUCUUCGUUAUCCACCUACUAUAAUUUGAUCUCAGAUGUAGCGUUCGAUCGAGAAUUGACGGAAGAGUACAAUAUUACCAUAACAGCAACUGAUUCAGGUUCACCUCCCCUGUUCAGCCUCAGAACAUUGCUUCUAAGAAUCUCUGACGUGAAUGACAAUGCUCCGGUAUUCGAUAAAAGCAAAUAUUCAGCCUACAUAGAAGAAAAUAACUCCCCUGGUAUGUCAAUAUUUACAGUACAAGCGCAUGAUUCUGACUCAAAUCAGAACGCAAGGAUAUCCUAUCUUAUCGACGACGCCCAGCUCGGUGGUAGUCCAAUCUCUACCUGUAUAUCCAUCAACUCUGAGACUGGAGUGUUACAUGCUGUUAGGUCAUUUGAUUAUGAACAAAUCAAAAGCGUAGAACUAGUUGUCAAGGCGCAAGAUGGUGGCUCUCCUCAGCUCAGUAGCAAUGUGACAGUGAACAUUCUCAUCCGAGACCAGAACGACAACGCACCUCAGGUUCUGUACCCAGUCCAGACUGGCGGCUCUCUGGUGGCUGAAAUGGUGCCUCGUUCAGCAGAUGUGGGCUAUCUGGUCACUAAAGUGGUGGCUGUUGAUGUGGACUCUGGACAGAAUGCCUGGCUCUCGUAUAAACUGCAGAAAGCCACAGACAGGGCGCUGUUUGAAGUGGGCUUACAGAAUGGGGAAAUAAGAACUGUUCGCAAAGUGACUGAUAAAGAUACAGUGAAACAAAGGCUCACUGUUGUAGUGGAGGACAACGGGCAGCCCUCUCGUUCAGCUACAGUCAAUGUUAACGUGGCGGUGGCGGACAGCUUCCCUGAAGUGCUCUCGGAGUUCACUGACUUUACGCACGACAAGGAUUACAAUGACAACCUGACUUUUUACUUAGUCUUGGCCUUGGCUGUAGUUUCAUUUCUGUUCAUCACGUGUUUGGUGGUUAUUAUAUCAGUGAAAAUAUACAGAUGGAGACAGUCUCGCAUCCUCUAUCAUUCCAAUCUCCCGGUGAUUCCGUAUUAUCCACCGCGUUACGCAGACACUUUGGGAACGGGAACUCUGCAGCACGUGUACAAUUACGAGGUGUGCAGGACGACUGACUCCAGGAAGAGUGACUGUAAGUUCGCCAGACCCGGUAGUCAGAACGUCCUGAUUAUGGACCCCAACUUGACAGGAACCAUGCAGAGGAUACAGAGUGAAAAGAACAUCUUAGACGAACCAGACUCUCCACUGGAGGUUAGUGUGCUGUAA